UUUAUCUAUAAUCUAUCUAUAUACUGUGAAAAACCUUUAUAAAAGUGAUUUAUACCUUUUGCGUGUCAUUAAAAAUUUCCACAAAAUUAAUUCUCUUUGUUGCAGACACAUUCAGGAGGAAUAUUGUUGAGGGUUACAAAUCAAAUUGCUCAAGAUUUGGUAAAACGUAAAAGGGGGAUUCAGAAAGAAAGAAAGAAUGCAGAUCUCAGAUUCAACGUCCAAGGGAAAGAAAAAGCAACAUGUCAACAUUUGUAUACCCAAAGAAGUCGUUGCUGAAAUAUUACAAAGAGUACCUGGCCAAGAUUUGCUUGAAACUUUAAAGAAAGUAUGCAUGCAGUGGUGUUCAAUUAUCUACAGCGGGAGGUUUGCCUACUCGCACAUCGAACGUGGAAUAUUAAAAUCGUCAUUCUCACAACUGGAAGCAGUUAUUAUUAGCAUGACUGAUGAUAGGUCUUCUUUCAUAGUUUCUGCCUUGGAAUGGCAUAGUUUUCCAACCCGUGAACUCGGAGAACAUGAAAGGUAUUGGAAGGCUAAAUACAUUUAUAUGGUAAAUAAUGUGUUCUUACAUAGAAUCAGUUACAUGAUGAGGGUGAAUUCUGUGUAUGGUUUCGUCUGUUUCUGGAGUGAUGAUGCUUGUCUUCAUGUCUGUAAUCCUAUCACUAAAGAGUAUUUAACGACUCCACCAUAUUCUUAUACUAAUACCUAUAUGGCACCAGUACACCACCAGCUUGUUGCAGUUGGCUUUGGAUUUUGCCAUCUUUCAUAUGAAUACAAGCUGGUUGUUCUUCAUGAAGAUGCAGUAGAAUAUGGUGAGACUAAACCAUUUGUUUUAACUUGUCGAGCUGGCUGUUUAUGGAGGUCUCUGAAAGCAAUUCCUGAUACAAAAUUUAUUUCUCGUGGUCAGACGGGUGCACAUGUGAAAGGGGUAUUGUAUUGGUACUUGGAGAGUUGUACUCCUAAAGAUUGGCCACAGACGAUUAAAAGGCUCGUAUGUUUCGAUCUAACUACAGAAGAAUUUGAUAUGAUUAUGGUUCCAGCUGAAAUUGAUGGCGGCGUACAAGGACUCCAGUAUGUAAUUAGCAUUACCGAAAAAGGAGGAAAUCUUUGUUUGAUAAAUAUAAGUCAUGUUUAUUUUUGCUCCCUCUUGAUCCAGGUAUAUGUUGCGGCGCAUAGUGCUGCUGCUGAUCUGAGUAGCAUAAAUUCAUGGAAGAAAGAGUUCACUGUGACUGUUCCUAAUAUGGCUUACAAUAUAAACAUCAAUCAUUUGUUCGUCUUAGUUGUUACUGAUGACAUGUUGGUGAUUCAACUUAGUGAUGGUAAAACCUUCGGAUUUAUUAAUGUAGCAACUGGAAUGCUGUUGACUGGGUUACGUCUGAAUUUGUCUACAAUUGUUAUCCCUUAUGUUCCAAGUUUGGUUAGUUUUGCCCAUAUUCCACCACUUUUAGGUGCUAAUCUGGUCUAGAUUCUGGUCUAGAUUGC